AUGUCUACUAUAACAAAUAAUAACUCAAUCCAAUUACAGUAUUCCUUAGCACGCGAUGUUGGUUGGGCUUUCGUACAGGAGUAUUACAGAUAUUUUCAUGAUAAUCCAGAGACUUUGUAUCAAUUUUACGGUGAGCAAUCUCGACUUAUCCGUGGCUUAGAGGGUGAAGAAGUAAAGAUUUGUCAAGGCUUACAGGAGAUCAAAAAAAACAUAGCUGAUAUGCAUUUGAAAGAUGCAACGGUAAACAUUAAUAAUAUUGACAGCUUAGAUUCUUUUGGCAACAAAGUAAUUGUUCAAAUUACCGGUCGGUAUUCCAACAAAGGCGAAAAUUAUCGUAAAUUUGUCCAAACUGUUAUUCUUGAUACACUUGAUACACGACAAAAUUCUUAUUAUGUAUCAAGUGAUAUAUUUCGUUAUUUAAAAGAUGAAAUUGAUGACACUAAUAAGUCACAAUCGAUAGAUCAAGAGCCCACAUAUAUUGAUGAUAUUUCUUCAUCAAUAACUGAAGAGAAAUUUAAUUCUGAAGAUUCAGUUUCUACCAUGUCAACGGGUACUCUUGCAGAGGAAACCACACAAGAAACAGUUAGAGAUAUCAAAUUAACUGAAGAAAUUAUUUCAGAAAUUCCGGCGACAAAAGCGAGCAUAUCUGAACCUUCAUUAACUAAAUCAACAGUGAAUGACAUAGUUAACCCUGUUGUAGAUAAUAAAGUUUUACCUGAUAAUGAUUCGAUAAAAUCAAAAGAUGUUAUUCAAGUUGAUAAAGGAUCCUCAAUCACUAUACAUACAGAAGAUACAGAAAAAGUUUCUACUCCUAUAUCAAGCGCUGUGACUGCAAUGACGUCACCUACUCAGUCAUCGAAACCAGCUUCAUGGUCUAAUGUAGCUGCCAGUGAUAGUAGUAAAUGGGCUCAUCAUCAACUUACUGAAACCAAAGGCCGAGUGGUUGCACCACAAAUAACACGAACCCAAUCCCAACCAUCGAAUCGAGAUCCAAGAGACCGUAGUAAAGAAUUUUCACUUUAUGUCAAAGGGGUUGUUCCGAAUAUGAGUCAAGAAGUUCUUACAAAUGUAUUCAAAACCUUUGGACCAGUGAAAACUUUGGAUGUUGUUCCAAGCAAACAAUGCGCUUUUGUGGAAUUUUCAUUUUAUGAGGCUUAUCAUCAAGCACUUUCACAAAGACAAAUCCAAAUUCCUGGAAUGGGAAACGUUACUGUUGAAGAAAGACGUAAGAAUGAAGAAGUCCGACAUCGCAAUCGACAAAGUUAUGAUUAUCAACGUUACGGCCAGAAUCCACAUAAUGGGAUGGGUUCUCAGCGUGGAGGUCGUGGAGGUGAUAGACGCAAUAUGGGAUCUCGACCACCUGCUAAAUCACCAUCUUAA